AUGGACCCAGAGUCUUCCGAUAGUGAUGUCUCAGUCGGUGGCGGCGAUGAAUACCGAUUCGCGAGUCCACUGACGGCGCCAAUCCCGCUUCCACCACCCCCAUCCAAGCAUGCCUUGGAAUCUUCCGACGCCGUCCAAGGCCGCCUUGACGAGCUGCAACGUGUCGAAGAGCACAACAUCAAGAAGUAUGAGCUGCUCAAAUCGAAACGUGCUCGAAAGGACGACAAGAUCCGUCGCAAGCGUGAGCUUCAAGACAAGAAGUGGGCGGCGAUCCUGGAGGCUCGGCAACGUCGAGACGGUAGAAUCGAAGCUCGGCGCAAGCGUGAAGAUGCGGCCUUUUCUCAGUUCUUCGAUCAGGAGUUGGAGGAAGAGGAGAACAGUCUUCGUCGCAGAUUGAAGCGGCUCAAACGAGGGCUGCCUCCGGAGGAAUCCCCCAAGCCAGGCGCUGCUAACAUUUCCUCCACCUCCAUGUCACCGUUGGCCUCGACGCUUUCGACCCUUCCACCACCGCCAAAACGUCAUCAAGUUGGUCCUCCAGGGCAAGCAGAUUCGGCCAACCCUGCACAGUCAAGACCGUCACCACAGUCCAACCUUGCGGCCCCUUCGAAGACUUCUUUCAGUGCAUCUCCAUAUUCCUUCUUUCGGGACUCGAGCUCCGCAUAUCCCCGACCGUUCCAUCAUACUUCGCCGUAUUCCACAACGCCAAAUACCACUUCGUCCACCACUCACACGAAUGCCCUGGCCAACCCAUCGCAACCGUCGACCGAGCGAUCACAUCUGAGUCACUUGGGACGACCAGGUUCGCCACUUUCGAGACCUGGCUUAACUGCUAGUUUUCGAUCCCCCGCGACACCGGUGACGCCGGCGACGCCUGCGAAUGCACCGCGACAGACUUCAUCCAAUUAUGACACCCGGCCACCACCGACCACCAGUACGGCAUUUGCUCCAAUCAAUACGCUGUCCACCUCUGGAUUCGCCACCAUCAACCCCAGAACGACUUCAACGUCACCCCUUCCUAAUGUUGGUUUGCCGAGGCCGUCGACGACCACUGAUGUGAAUAAAACCCCCAGUCACCAAAUCCUCAGUGGCGGCGUGGAUAGUACUCGCUUCCAUUCGUAUGCUGCGCCUAGCAGUGUUUCAACCCCUUCCACCGGCGGCCCUAACAAACGGACGCCUUCCACCACCCACCCGUACCAAAUGUCCGAGGCCUUUGCCAACCGACAUCACCAUUGUGAACGAGUCGACAGCUUAAAUCGUGGUAUCUGGACGUCUUACGGGGUCGGCGGAUCAAAGGACAAUCCAACCGGUCCACCUGUUGAAAUGUAUCUUCGGUGCAACCAUGACGGGUGUUCCCGCAUUGACUGGCGGACCGUGCAUGGCUUGCAAUGCCAUAUUGUGAAGAAUCAUGUUCAACCGAAAGGGACCAUCGGGAGUCUUGACAAAGCUUUGGAAAAGUAUGGCGUUCCGGUCAAGGAGGUCGAGGACUAUGAACGCAUCCACGGAAGAGGUAGUGCCGGGACCAUGGCCGACCCGAAGAACCACAAAAUCAAAAUCAAGACCCAGGAGGCUUCAGGAUCCCCGGGAUACACUGGAGAUCGGGCGCCGGGUUCGUAUGUCAUUGAUCCGGAAACUAGACCUGCUGGUUACCGACCAAGUUCAACUUCAACAGUGAGCAGUCCUCCUGCGACGGAGGAGGUGAGGAAAAGUCCAAAGACGGCAACGCAAAUUGGCAGUCAGAAGGAUGGCACCGCAGCUGAUGCUGUAGCAAGAAAGGCCGAGGCUCCGCUGGCACAGACUGCUCCUACCCCGUCGUUCUCGGCUGCGAGUUGGCUGAGUUCGUACAUGUCUCCACGAAAAAUGGAUUUUGAACCGAAGAAGCUGCAAGGUGAUUUUGGGAUGGGUGAGACGCAAGGUAAAGAUGAACCUGCUACAGCUCGUGCUGUAGCUGGGGCUCUGAAUGGCCAACCUCAAGCUGCCCAGCCGCCGGUGAGCAAGACAGAGCCACCAAGGGCAGGGUUUUUGGGAAUAAGUACAAUGGAGACUCCUAACAAGGCGGCGACCAACGGGAGUAAGCCACCAUCACGCACGGCAAGUCCACCGGCUGCCGCGGCAGUGACGUCCUUUUCGACUGAACCAGUCGCAGAGGCUGUCGAGACUGAGCCCGGUCAUGAAAAGUCUGAGGCUGCCGACAACACAACCAUACCGAUGCAGGAGGAUGCUCAACCCUCGCAAAGCAAAGAUGAGGAUGUGCACAUGACUGGAACCGGCGAGGACAAUGGCGAAAGCGAGAAGGGCGACAAAGUGAAUCAUGCAACCACGAGCGAGAAGAAUGAAGAUCCCAAAUCGGAGGAAAAGACCGGGUUGGAGGGAGCAGCACAGGGAGAAGACUCUUCUGAUCAUUCCGAGACCAUUGUCGUCGAUGGGGAUGCGGGAGAGGAUACCGGCAUGAAGAAAAAGCCGCCCCAGUCACCCAGCAUGACGGCAAAGACCCUUUCAGCCAUCACGCCGACCAGCGCGAAACGCCCCAGUCGACGAUCGAGCGCAGCGAGGCGCUCGGUGGAGAUUGAGGGGGAUGGAGGAUACACCAAGGACGGCAAAUUGGCAACUAAUGUCGAGGAGGAUAAAGACGAUAAAGAGGCCAAGGAGGACAAGGAUGUUGCAAAACCCGAACCACGACGGUCGCUCAAUGGACGGAUCCUUCGACGAGGCAGGGUUUAG